CUUUUGCUGCCUGCUUCUAGAAGACCCUAAGACAAAAUGAAGGCUCUCAUUUGGAUUGGUGCCAUCUUGAUUGUCACUGCUUGCUUCUCGCCAGCUGGUGCACAUAAGCGGAAAAGCUUCAGGUUUAGUGAAAGUUCCGAAGAGCAUUUAAAACCACUUAAACAAUUAAGUUCUAAGCUGUCAAGAGGAUAUUUUGCAAAAUCUGAAACAGCUCCUGGAAGUCCAUAUGGUCACCACGGUCGUCAUGAACCCCACAGAGGUCGCCAUCCCCCUCACUACCCCCACCAUCACCAAAGCCCACCUGGUCCACCACCCAGACCUAUAUCACCACCUGAGAACACUGUAAAUCCUCAAGCACCAUCAGCCCCUUCUAGUGCUGCCCCAAUCCUAAUUUAUACCACCGCCACUGCUGCUGCCAACACCACCACUGCCACUGUUUCUGCGGGAAAAACUGCAGGCGUGACAUCCACCACCACGGCUCCCAACACCCCCCAACCUGAAGACAUCACCAAUGCCCCUGUGGCUGGCACUACCACUGCCCCAGCAGCUAACCCUACUACUGUCAACCAGCAACAAGUAAUUCGGUAAAUUCCACAACAGUCCAAGAUUACAAACGUACCAAACCACAAGGAGACCAAGGCAUAUCAAGAUCCUGAAAAACUGAAUAUUGAUAUAUUGUGAUCACCCUCUCUCACCAUUUCAAUUUUAACAAAAAUACAAGAAAAGAAACAAAAACAAAUGGAUGUGGGUUCUUACUACUUCUUCUUUAGUCUUGCUAUACUGCACACAUUUCCAAAGAUAAUUAUAUGUAUGCA